GUGUGCAAUCUGUCGAGGUGUCACAAAUAAAGAAGUCAUUGACAAAACAUGCAAAACUUUGCAAAACAGUUUCUUCAAAUUGUGAUAAAAACAUUCAAAAUUCAAAAUUGACCGCACCCAGACUUGCAAACAAUUUAAAAAAGGAUGAGCCGUGGUGGGGCCGUUGAGAUUAGUUUCGACGUAGACGACGAUGAUACUAAUGCGACGAGUGAGCUGGAGGAAUAUCUGCUCGAGCAGCAAAAGCGGCCCAACGGGGUUUCCGGUUUCUUUUCUAACGUUGGCUCGGGGAUUCAAAGGAUUCUUCCCCGGAAGAUUGGGGGGACGACGGGCAGUAUUCAGGAUGACAUCGCCCUUAGGUUCGGAAGCCUUUUUGGCUCCACGACCUCUCUCGACUCUUCAGCCCCCUCACAACCCCCACCAACGUCAAGCGGAUGGUUCACUUUGUCGAGAAAAGAGAGGAUCAUAGGAUUUUUUGUCCUCCUUGGACUUGGGAUACUCUUCUUCACAUUAUCCAGCUUAUAUAUUCCGGUGCUCAUCUUUGCCGCAAGGAAGUUUAGCAUAUUCUUCACAUUAGGAAGCCUCUUUACAUUCGCAAGUUUAUCAGUUUUAUGGGGGUUUACGUCCUUUAUAAAACACCUUGUUUCGCCGGAACGUUUGCCAUUUACCGGAAUGUACCUGGGUUCUCUUAUCGCUACACUAUACUUCGCUAUCGGGCUUCAAAGUUACGUGCUGACCAUUGUUGGGAUAAUUCUUCAAAUCGUGUCACUCUUGUCCUUUAUUGUGUCUUAUCUACCUGGGGGUGUGAGUGGGAUCAAGUAUUUGGUGCAAAUGAUAACUUCUAGUGUGGGGAGGAGUCUGCCAAUUUAAUUAUUAGUCUACCCUUGGAUAUGUAAAUACAAACUGUAUAUUUUUUAAUCUAUAAAAUAGUUUUUACUCAUUAAUUAAUGACUUAUUGAUGGUGCAUUAAUUAUAUUUAUGUUUGAGCUGCUACGGCAUAAUACUAGUUUUCCAAUAAAUAAACUUUUAUAUUGCUCAA